CCCGGCCGCGCCGUUUAGCUUUAUACUGCAAGCCAAUACAAUCAUUUUAAGUUACUUUAACUAGAAUGGAAAAGUAUGAAAAACUAGCUAAGAUUGGAGAGGGGUCCUAUGGAGUUGUAUUCAAAUGCCGAAACAAAGCCUCUGGACAAGUAGUAGCUAUCAAAAAAUUUGUGGAAUCUGAAGAUGAUCCUGUUGUUAAGAAAAUAGCACUAAGAGAAAUACGUAUGUUGAAGCAAUUAAAACACCCAAACCUUGUGAACCUCAUUGAGGUAUUUAGGAGAAAAAAGAAAAUGCAUUUAGUUUUUGAAUACUGUGAUCACACGCUUUUAAAUGAGCUGGAAAGGAACCCAAAUGGAGUUGCUGAUGGAGUGAUCAAAAGUGUAUUAUGGCAAACACUUCAGGCUCUUAAUUUCUGUCAUAAACAUAAUUGUAUUCACAGAGAUGUCAAACCUGAAAACAUUCUAAUAACUAAACAAGGAAUAAUCAAGAUCUGUGACUUUGGGUUUGCACGGAUUCUGAUUCCAGGAGAUGCCUACACUGAUUACGUUGCCACCAGGUGGUACCGAGCCCCUGAACUCCUGGUGGGAGAUACGAAAUAUGGCUCCUCAGUCGACAUAUGGGCUAUCGGUUGUGUUUUUGCGGAGCUCCUGACAGGCCAACCACUCUGGCCUGGAAAAUCAGAUGUGGACCAGCUUUAUCUGAUAAUCAGAACUUUGGGAAAACUAAUCCCACGGCAUCAAUCUAUCUUUAAAAGUAACCAGUUUUUCCAUGGCAUCAGUAUACCUGAACCAGAAGACAUGGAAACACUUGAGGAAAAGUUCUCAAAUGUCCAUCCUGUGGUUUUGGAUUUUAUGAAGGGAUGUCUGAAGAUGAAUCCGGAUGACAGACUAACCUGUGCACAGCUUCUGGAAAGCAGCUACUUUGAUUCCUUCCAAGAGGAUCAAAUGAAAAGAAAAGCACGUAACGAGGGAAGAAACAGAAGGCGUCAGCAGAAUCAACUGUUGCCUCUCAUACCAGGAAGCCACAUCUCCCCCACACCUGAUGGAAGAAAACAAGUCCUCCCGUUAAAAUUUGAUCAUCUUCCAAACAUUUAGGAAAAAACAUUCUUUCAAGUGCAAAGUCAUUUAAUGUGUACAUAUUUUUGUACAAGGGAGAUAGGAAUUCUCAGUGUUUCAAAUGCAAAUGAGCCAUGUGAAAAUUAAGAUGCCUUCUAGAAUUGUUUUGCUCUGAUCAUUGCUAAGUCCUUUCCCUGUGCUUUUUACAUGCCAACUUUAUCUUUCAGAACAUUUUCUUUAAAUGUUAUCAGGCCUGAAACUGCACAUAUGGAGGAGACAUUUUCAAUUUCAUCAGAGCAGCCCCUCCUUACACAAUAUAUAUUAAGAAUUUGUGGGCUUAUACUUACUUUAACUUAGGGAAAAGAUUUACAUGGAUCAUCAUCUUACCUCAGCUGACCACAUAAGAUCUGAAAGCAAUAUCGAAUCUCUCUAACUGCUGUUUGUGUAGGGCGUGACAUUAUGUUCCCACAUUGUAUCUGGACUGUUGAGCAUUGCUGGCAUUUUAUUCCAUGUUGCUAUAAUGAUGGAGGAAGGGAAACAUAAAGGUCAUCUAGGUUUAUCCCUUAAUUCCAGAGCAAAACUCUACUUUCUUUGUCUCAUGAGACAUUAGUGAUUCUAUUUUUAAAGACUGCUAGAGAAAAUUACAUACAAAAUCCAUACAUAGCAAAUAGUAGAAAAACAGCAUG